ACUGGCGUGGCACAGCUGGGAAGAUGGGAGCUGCUGGUUUCUGGAUUGAGGGACCAUUCACAGAGGAGGGAGCCACAGCAAGGAGAAACAGACGAGAGAUGGAAAGAGGGCAUCUGUCUUCAGUCACCUCUGUGGGGUGAGGGCAGUGAUGUGUUGAGGAAAAUCACAUGAUUUGGAGAUAAAAGGAUUAAAGUUCAUUCCUUAGCAACUGCGAUUUUGGACAAAUUAACUUCUUUGAGGCUUGGUUCCUUGUAUCAUACAGGGGAUUUAAUGACUUCACUUAAAUAGGAUUGUUGUGUGGAAUAAAUGAGUAAAUUCAUGUCAAAGACUUGCUUCAGGGUCUGGCCCUCCAUGUUUGAACAAUAGAGUGUGAACCCAAUAAAAGGAGACACACAGGUGCCUUCUGACAUUUCAAAGGGCCAUGGACACAUAAGCUGAUGUUAGCUCACCAUGUUAUUAUCCCUUUCUCAUAAAAUACUGGAAGUCUGUGACAUAUGCCCCAAUCCUCUUCACUCAGAGUUUGGAGACUGGAACAUUCCUGAGUGUCAGGCCACCUCCCACUUUUACUGAUUGGCAAAUGAGGACUUUGGGCCUGGAGGUGAGGACAGGGCUCACUCAGGGUAGGGAAGCAUGCAGGGAGAGCCAAAGGGAACAACUGCCACGGAGAAAAGCGGGAGUUGUCUCCACCAUGGCUGGAACAAAGGCACUUCUGACGCUGGAAAACUUCAUUAAUGGAAAGUUUGUACCUUGUAACUCCUAUAUUGAUUCUUAUGAUCCGUCUACGGGGGAUGUGUACUGCAGAGUGCCCAACAGUGGAGAAGAAGAGAUUGAAGCCGCGGUGGAGGCGGCCAGAGCAGCCUUCCCUGGCUGGUCGGCCCGGAGCCCCCAGGAACGAUCGCAGGUGCUGCACCGGCUGGCCGAUCUGCUGGAACAGUCCCUGGAGGAGCUGGCGCAGGCAGAGUCCAGGGACCAAGGGAAAACCAUAACACUGGCCAGAACCAUGGACAUUCCCCGGUCCGUGCAGAACUUCCGGUUCUUCGCCUCCUCCAUCCUGCACCACACAUCCGAGUGCACGCAGAUGGACCACGUGGGCUGCCUGCACUACACCGUGCGCGCCCCUGUGGGCAUCGCCGGUCUGAUCAGCCCCUGGAAUUUGCCACUCUACUUGCUGACCUGGAAGGUGGCGCCGGCCAUUGCUGCUGGCAAUACUGUGAUAGCCAAGCCCAGCGAGCUGACUUCGGUGACUGCGUGGAUGAUGUGCAAACUCCUGGAGAGAGCAGGUGUUCCACCAGGUGUGGUAAAUAUUGUGUUUGGCACGGGGCCCCGGGUAGGCGAGGCCCUGGUGUCCCAUCCAGAGGUACCUCUCAUUUCCUUCACGGGGAGCCAGCCCACAGCCGAGCGGAUCACACAGCUGAGUGCUCCCCACUGCAAGAAGCUCUCCCUGGAGCUGGGGGGCAAGAACCCUGCCAUCAUCUUUGAGGACGCCAACCUGGAGGAGUGCAUUCCAACGACGGUCAAGUCCAGCUUCGCCAACCAGGGUGAAAUCUGCCUCUGUACCAGCAGAAUCUUUGUCCAGAAGAGCAUCUACAGUGAAUUUUUGGAGAAGUUUGUAGAAGCUACCAGAAUGUGGAAAGUUGGCAUUCCCUCCGAUCCAUCGGCCAGCAUGGGGGCUCUGAUAAGUAAAGCUCAUUUGGAGAAAGUCAGAAGUUACAUCAAGAAAGCCCGGACGGAAGGGGCCCGGAUUCUGUGCGGUGAGGGGGUGGACACGUUGAGUCUCCCCCCCAGGAAUCAAGCAGGAUACUUUAUGCUUCCCACAGUGAUCACAGACAUUAAGGAUGACUCUUGCUGCAUGAAGGAAGAGAUAUUUGGUCCAGUGACGUGUGUCGUCCCCUUCGAUAGUGAAGAGGAAGUGAUUCAAAGAGCCAACAGCGUUAAAUACGGGCUGGCAGCCACAGUGUGGUCCAGCAACGUGGGCCGUAUCCACCGGGUGGCCAAGAAGCUGCAGACGGGCUUGGUCUGGACCAACUGCUGGCUCAUCAGAGAGCUCAACCUCCCUUUUGGGGGGAUGAAGAGCUCUGGGGUGGGUAGAGAAGGAGCCAAGGACUCUUAUGAAUUUUUCACUGAAAUCAAAACCAUCACCAUUAAACACUGACCUUGGCCAGUGGAGAAGCUGUUAUGGUCCAUGCCUGGCUGCAGAGAGUCAGUCGUCCAAUGCAGUGAGCAGAUACACCAGAAUAAAUUCCAGCCACAUCUUGGCUCAGCGGGUUUUCUCUACCUUAUUCUCAGUAGUUCGUACUUUUAUUCGUUGUCAAAGAGAGGCUGUCUGUUUUCAUUGUGGAGUCGAAGAAGAGAAGAUUUCUGAGCAGGAAGGCACCAAAGCAAGCCAAGUAAUUGUCACAUUCCUUCUCUGUUGUGUUUUCACUGUAGUUUUUUUCAUCAUUUUGAAUGAAUUCUUGGGAAUUUACAGAUACUCAUUUUUUUCAUUCUUAAGUAUAUGUAUGAAUGUCAGUGAUGAAAUAACAUGGAAUUUGUCAGAGCAGGCCUAUAUGGGAGGCCCCACUACAUACAUCUGUCCAAGGACAAAGGAAAAUAAAAUAAUGACACUUUUGGAGGAAACUUGAAGCAAAAAAAGGAAAUAGUUUGAUCCAUUUCUACUCUGGAGUCUCAUCAAUUCCAAUUCUGUCUCUCAUGAGACUUGCAACCCACUAAUCCUAAAAGAAUAAAUGUUAAGCAAUUUUAGGAGCCAAUAUGACAUACGUCUUCUUGAAUUAUCCUUUAUUCCCCUUUAUCCCCAUCCUU